AUGGCGAUGGAUGCCUCCGUGGCUCUGGGUAAACGCGCCUGGAGGUGUCUGAGCGCACGCAGCGGUGGGUUGGUGUUGCGUGGACGCGGUGGUGGAGAGCGUAACUGUGGUGUCCAUGAGCUGGUCUGCGUCAGAAAAGUCUCUCCUGAGGUGUUGGGCUUCCUGACGGCCAUCGGACUCUUCAUUAUUCUUAUGACCUUCUUGUUCUGGUACCUCAACAACAAGUUUUCCCUCGAUAACCCAGGGAGCCUGCCGUGCCUCAACGAUUUCAGGAAAAACACAGAAGAAAAGUCAUGCAGAGAGGCCCAGCUGCAGGCCUCGUCGUCGGACAGCGAGGACGAGCUGAUGGGUCAGUACCAGGAGGCAGUGAGCCGCUCCCAGGGGCUGAGGCCGCGGCCCCGCUCCAGGCUGCUGGGAGGCUUCAGCUGGGACACACGGCACAAGUACAGCCUCCUGACGGCACAGUAUGACGGCUACAGCAGCGACGCCUCCGCUGAAGACGCAAACUGUAUCCAGCGCAUGAGCCGUACGCCGCCUCUGGACGAGCUGCAGCCCCCGCCGUACCAGGACGAGAAUGGCUCCCCGCGCAUGUCCUGCACCAUGUCUGACUUGGGGGACGCCAAAUGUGACAUGUCCCAGACCAGUGGCAGCCCUCACAUGUCCUUCAGUAAGUGUCCCAGCGAGGGCAGCGACGGCCCGGACACUGAGAGUUACCUGAACAAGGGCUACGAGGAGGAUGUGCCCAGCGACAGCACCGCGGUGCUCAGUCCAGAGAACUUGUCGGGCCGAGGUUCAGCCGCGCAGCUCCUUAAAGGCUACGAGCCGGAUCCUAUGGCCAAAUACGGCACGCUUGAUGUUGUGUUUGACUAUGACUCCGAAGACCAGCAGCUGGGGGUCACCAUAAUGGCCGCCACUGACCUGCCCCCAGUGAGGCGCACCGGGAACCUCUCCUGGCAGGUGCAUCUGGUGCUGCUGCCCACCAAGAAGCAAAGGGCCAAGACGGGCGUCCAGAGAGGGCCCUGUCCCAUCUUCACCGAGACCUUUUACUUCAGCCACGUGGAGUCGGAGAUGAUCGGAAACUACGCCCUGCGCUUCAGGCUCUACAGCAUGAGGCGCAUGAAGAAGGAGAAGGUUCUGGGAGAGAAGGUUUUUUACCUCACCAAACUCUGUCUACAGGGGAAGAUGUCCGUGCCCGUCAUACUGGACCCCUGCUGCACACUGCCGGGCGGUGAAUCACAAGUGAGCCUUUCAGACAUGACAUGCAGUGAAAGCGCAUCAUCAUUCCAGUCCGUCAGCCAAACCUCAGCACCGGAGAUCCUUGUGGGCCUGGUGUACAACGCCACAACAGGACGGCUAUCGGUGGAGGUCAUCAAAGGCAUCCACUUCAAAAACCUGGCUGCCAACAAGGGACCCAAUGGGCUGUUCUGUUGUCUAAAACACUUGAUAGGUGGACAGGUUUAUAUAAUCAGAGACACAUUUGUGAAGCUGACCCUGCUGAACUCCAUGGGCCAUGAGAUGUCCAAGUGUAAGACGUCCAUCUGCCGUGGGCAGCCCAACCCCACCUACAAAGAGACAUUCAUCUUCCAGGUCGCUCUGUUCCAGCUCUCCGACGUCACGCUCAUUCUGUCCGUCUACAACAAGCGCAGUAUGAAGCGCAAAGAGAUGAUUGGCUGGAUCUCUCUGGGGCUCAACAGCUCUGGAGAGGAAGAGCUCUCCCACUGGACUGAGAUGAAGGAGUGUAAAGGACAGCAGGUGUGCCGCUGGCACAGUCUGCUGGAGCCCUAG